UAUAAACAUUUUAAUGUAACUUAUAGCACUUGUUUUUUUUCCAGAAAUCUUUUGUCCAAAUCCUCCCUCUAUCCUUAAUGGGCACCACACCGGAACUUCUCAGGGAGACAUACCCUAUGGAAAGGAAAUUACGUACACGUGUGACCACCACCCAGCCAGAGGGAUGACCUUCAACCUCAUUGGGGAGAGCACCAUCCUCUGCACAAGUGAUGGUCAAGGGAAUGGGAUUUGGAGCGGCCCUGCCCCCCGCUGUGAACUCACUGGUCCUGCUGGUUACUGUAAAGCCCCAGAAGAGUUUCCAUUUGCCAAGCCUACAACCCUGACUGAUGAGUCUGAGUUUCCAAUUGGGACAUCUUUGGAUUAUGAAUGUUCCCCUGGGUAUUUUGAGGAUAUGUUUUCUAUCACCUGCUUAGAAAACUUGGUCUGGUCGAGUGCCGAAGGUAUCUGUAGACGAAAAUCAUGUGGAGCUCCACCAGAACCCUUCAAUGGCAUGGUGCAUAUAAACACAGAUACCCAGUUUGGGUCAACAAUUCAUUAUUCUUGUAAUGAAGGGUAUCGACUCAUUGGAUCCACUUCUGCAGCUUGUCUCCUCUUGGGCAGUACUGUCACUUGGGAUAAGGAAGCUCCUAUGUGUGAGGAAAUCUUCUGUCCAAAUCCUCCGUCUAUCCUUAAUGGGCACCACACCGGAACUUCUCAGGGAGACAUUCCCUAUGGAAAGGAAAUUACUUACGCGUGUGACCACCACCCAGCCAGAGGGAUGACCUUCAACCUCAUUGGGGAGAGCACCAUCCUCUGCACAAGUGAUGAUCAAGGGAACGGGGUUUGGAGCAGCCCUGCCCCCCGCUGUGAACUCGCUGGUCCUGCAGGAUGCCCACAUCCGCCCAAGAUCCACAAUGGGCAUUACAUUGAAGGGCAUGCGUCUCCUUAUCUUCCUGGGAUGAUCGUCAACUACACUUGUGACCCAGGCUACUUGUUGGUGGGAAGAGCCUUCAUAUUCUGCACAUACCAGGGAACCUGGAGCCAAUUUGAUCAUUAUUGCAAAGAGGUAACAUGUAUCCUCCCAGAAUUGAUGAAUGGAAUCCGGAAGGACCUGGAAAUGAGAAAAGUGUAUCGCUAUGGAGAUAAUAUAACUUUUGAGUGUGAAGAUGGGUAUACACUGAAAGGCAGUCCCCAGAGCCAGUGCCAGGCAGAUGACACAUGGAACCCUCCUCUGGCCAUAUGUACAUCUAGUCAAUGGAGCUGCAAGAAAUGUACAAGCAGUGCUCUCAUAGCCGGUAUUUUCUUUGGCGUGAUCUUCUUUCUUUCAUUCAUCAUUGGUUCUUGGUGGAUAAUUGUAAAGCACAAAAAAAGCAAUAAUACAGAUGAAACACCUAGAGAGAAGACCCAUUUACACCCUCAAGAAGACAGCAGUGUAAAGCCUCAAACUGCAAACGAAUCAGGACAACAGCAGGUACCUAAUGUAAAUACUGAAUUCGAAAUGUCUUCAAGAACUCAAACACUGAAAAUGGGAACAGGAUCCGCGUAUGUUGCUGCUCUAGUCGGAUCACUGGUACCAGGGAAGUUAGAAGGUACUUCAGGGAGGGGAAAGGCCUUGGUGGUUGUUUCUGAUGGAUUCUGGUUGUUUCCAGCGAGUUGGGUGAGGACUGUCGUCAGCGCUAUGCACAGGCACUGUUUUCACAAAGCACUCUUGUAUUUUUGUGCAGGGACGCUAUGAACCUUUGAGAAGGAAGCUUUCGUUUUUGUUGUGGAACCCAAGCAUUUGCCACGUGGGUGUGCCUCCGGGUCCCCCGCUUCCCUCAAAUGCACAGGGUCACCUCAGGAUCCUGUGGAGGCUUUGGGUUUCCCCUCCCCUGCUCCCCACUCUCCUUGAAUUCUCUGCCUCCCCUGGCCUCCUGUGACUGCCCUCUCCCUUCUGUCCCCCACACCUCAUGUCACCACACCUCAUGCCUGCAUUCCAGGAAUUCAAAGUAGCAGCUUACUAGCACAGCUGUUGUGUGGUAACUGUUUCUCGGUUUGCUAAAGGAUUGGGGUGAAAAGGGAGAUUAUGCUACAACCUGAAGUGGCACACAGGUAGGACUGAAUAUUAGA